CAUUCCAACGCCUUAACACUCCGCGAUGAUGUGAUAUCCUCGGCGUGGUGCCUGCAGCCAAAGGGACCACCGGAGCCCCGGGCUGCUUGCGCUGAGCCGGGAGGAGCCGGGCGCGCCCGGGGCCGGGGGAGGCGGCCGCGCAUGUGCCGGCCGUGCCCCCCGCCCGGGCUCCUCCAGCAUCCUCGGCAUCCUCCUCCUCGGCAUCCUCCUCCUCGGCAUCCUCCUCCUCGGCAUCCUCCUCCUCGGCAUCCUCCUCCUCGGCAUCCUCCCCGCCGGGUGCUGCGCUCCGCCACCCGCGGAACAAAAGCGCCGCGACCGCGCCCCGCGGAGCCGCUCCCGGUGCGGGGCACCUGCUGCUGCUGCUGCUGCUGCUGCUGCUGCUGCUGCUGCUGCUGCUGCUGCUCCACCGCUGCUGCUCCACCGCUGCUGCUGCUCCACCGCUGCUGCUGCUCCACCGCUGCUGCUGCUCCACCGCUGAGCAGCGCCGGCCGCGCCCGCGGAGCCGCGGAGCCUCGGAGCUGUCCGGGUUCGGGUCUUGGGGCUCGGUCUCGGGCUCUGUCCGUGGUGCUGCCCCCGGACCGCGCCCGCCCGGCAUCCUGUUGCUCCGGGAGCGGGCCCGAGCAUCCCGCCGAGGAGCCGAGCGGAACAAUGGCUGCGCUGCCGCGGCUGCUGUGCGCGGCCGCGCUCGCCCUGCUGCUCUGGGCGGGAUUUUGUUCCUCCGUGUGUGUGGAAGUCCCAUCUGAGACAGAGGCUGUCCAAGGCACGGACAUGAAGCUGCUCUGCAUCUCCUGCAUGAAGAGGGAAGAGGUGACGGCCAGCACGGUGGUGGAAUGGUUCUACAGGCCCAACGGGGGGAAGGAUGAGCCUAUCUACGAGUACAGGAAAACAAACCACGAAUUCCCGAGCCGCUUCAGCGGGCGGAUCCAGUGGAACGGGAGCAAAGACAUGCAGGACGUGUCCAUCACCGUGGUGAACGUGACCCUGAACGACUCGGGCAUCUACACCUGCAACAUCACCCGCGAGUUCGAGUUCGAGAUCCACCGGCCGCUCUUCCAGAGCUCCAGGGUGAUCCACCUCACGGUGGUGGAGGAGGCUGGAGAAGACUUCACUUCUGUCAUCUCAGAAAUUAUGAUGUAUAUUCUGUUGGUCUUCCUCACGCUGUGGCUGCUGAUUGAGAUGAUCUAUUGCUACAGGAAGGUCUCCAAGGCAGAGGAAGCUGCCCAGGAAAACGCGACAGACUAUCUCGCAAUUCCAUCGGAAAACAAGGAGAACUGUGCUGUGCCUGUGGAGGAGUAGCAGAGGGGAGGCAGCGGAGUGAACGGCACCAAGGGGCUCUGAAGGCAGAAGGACCACGCCACGCCAGCAGCUUUGAGGGGGAGCUCUGCGCCGUCGGGAGGAACACGGGGAAGUGUAAAUUCUCUUCCACUGGCCUUGGACUCUGUACAGCCUUGACUUUGGUCCUGUGACCCAUCUGAGCUGCCAGCCCGCUGCUGAAGGACUCCUCUGUGGAAGCAUGCUGAGCAAACGGCACAGGGGUGGGCAGCACAGCUCCUUCCCGGAUUUCAGUUCCACCAUCACCUCAAUGGCUUCGUAAAUGUUUCCUGUCACUUCUUAGCUGCUCUCACCACCACCUUUAUUUGCUAAAUACGCUUCUUCUCCACUGCAGAGGUUCAGGGUACAUAUGGCACGUCGCUCUGAGCUGCAGGACUGUGAACAAGCAUCACUUAGGGGGUUAUUCCACUAUAAAAUGUGGCCCAAGUGGGUUUUUUGGUGUUAAAACAGGAAGAAUGUAAUUAAUGAAUGAAAUCACUCUGAAUUUUAGGCUGUCCAUGCACAAGCAGAGUAGGGUGAGGACUGUAAUGCACUAAAAUUAGAUAUGUAUAGUAGGAAGCACAGAUCCCUGUGCCACGCUCACACUUUCUUCUGGAGGGAAUUGAGAACACAGAUCCUGAAGUAUUCCUGCUUUGGGAAGCAGGAUGAUGUAAGUAUAAGAAUCCCCUGUAUCCCCCUCAUUUAUCAAGUGUCAAACUCCUCAUCCCCCUCCACCUACCUGGCACAGCAGGUUUGCUCCUGGAGUACACAGAGUACCUGCAGCAGGACAAGGUAGGGGAUCCACCCUUUCCUGGGAAACCCCAAAAGGAAGGCAGCCUCAUGCUGGUAGGCAGGAGAAAUAAACAGGAUGAAAAGCCCUCACAGCUUAGUAAAAUGGUUGUAGUUUUAUAACUGUGAUGGUUCUCUGGUGCUGUAGCAGCACCAUCUAGAGGGACAGACAGAAACCACCCACUGUUCCCAGUUAAUCCUAAUUCUCUCUUGAGGUAAUUAAUCACCAGUAUAAAUAGUCUGGAUUUAUCCUAAAUGACCCGGUGCCAAGGAAUCACCCUGGAAAUUUCAUCUUUCCUAUGCAAACAUACCUUUUCUGAGGGUUAAGCAGAAUAAAAAUUGUUUUCUGCCCUUCAAUGCAGACCAGUUGAGCUCAACAGCUGGGAUUGGAAGGGGGGAAAAGCAGAACCAUUGGCCAGGGUGGGAUUGUGCUGUAAAACCAGCUGGGGAAGGUUUGGGUUUGUUGCAUGGCAGAGUUGUGACAUCCCUGCUGCACUGGAGCCUGUGCUGCUUUGCCAGAGCUGACGAAUUCUGCCCCAUUUGUAAGUAGUUCCAACGUGCUCGUGACUCCAGGCAUGCUCCCCACCCACGGAAUCCCCUCUGCUUUGUUCUGCUGCUUUUUAUGUGUUCGCUAAAAACACGGAAAUUACCCAUUUUUAAUUCAGGCUCAGGCCAGAUUUCCAACUGGCACUUGCUCAAAACCCUUUUUUUAGAGUGGGUGUCAAUUUUAGCCAACUACUCCAGCGCAGUCUUGGUAGUAGGACUGCUCCCAAAGGCAGAGCCAAGCCUGGCAAGGGGAGCACAUUUUCCAGAUGAAGUCUGGGCACCAGUUCCCAAAAAACGUGAUAUCCAAAAGGGAUUUCCAAAAGAAUAUCCAAGCAGCUCCUCUUUCAAUUCAGCUGGAUGUCAUCUUUCUCCUCAUGCCGGUUUGCCUGGCAGAAUCCUGAACUCAACAGUGGGACUGGGGGGUAACUCUGGGGUUUCCAGCACUGAGCCCAUGGUGAAUUUUAGGACACCUCUCUCCCACUCCAGCUCUGCUCCUCAGUCCCUGUGAACCACAGACAACGCUCUGGUGUCAUACUGUUAAAUCAAAACAGGAGUGAACCCAAGAACUUUGUGAGAGCUACCUCAGGUGGUAAAGACGGGCCGUCCCCUUGUCCUGCACCUCCCUGUAUCCCACAGGCAUCUUCUGGAUGCUCUUUUUUUGUGGAUAAACCUUUCAUUUUUCCAGUUCCUGCAGACAGAGGUGACCACUGCCACAUGGUGUUCCAAGCAGGAGGUGCAAAGUUCUGCUGAAGAAUCCCGCAGGGGAAAAAAGUAUAAAAAUUAAAAAAUUGGUGAUUUUUCAAGACCUGGAAGAGACGGUCCUGGCAAAGACUCUGUCUAUGUUUGGAAUGAGAGAGGAGACUUUGCAAUAGGCAGGAUAAUAAAAAGAAGAAAGAGCCA